AUGAGUGACUGUAUAUCUGAGAUCUGUAUGUAUACAUAUCGAUAUACGCUACAAUUGAUCGACAUUAUUUGUGGGCAGGAUGUGGAUGGAGGCAUGCUGGAGUCCCAAUUUGCUGGGGAGGAUGCAAACGCAGCAUUUCCAGAAUCUGCUGAAGACCGUGUUAAGCAAGCAGCUGUUGUGGCUGCUGCAGGCAAGAGCAAGCUGGUGUUUCCGACUAUCCAGCGAAAUGAUUCGCCAUUUGCUGUAUUACCCACAUUCAUCAAUGUACUGUGCAAGAAAGUCGACUCAGCAACUGACGCCAAGGACCGUCUUAUCGCGAUGAAGAUUCCCCGUGCAACAGAGAUGGCCAAAGAGAUGGAGAAGUUGCUCACGAGUUUGAACAGCCUGUAUGGCAAGUUGAGUGCCAAGCAAGCUGACUACCUUGCCAUGGAUACCUCCAAACCUGAGAGUCUUGAGGCCAAGAAGAACGAGGUGAUGGGACUUUUUGCACAGUGCACAAAGGAUGAUGUGACACUUAACAACUACCUCACUCGGAGCAAGAAUAUCAAGAAGCCAACUGAGUCUGUGGCUGCAAAGAAAUCGUUGAAGCGGAACCCGCCUUCGGGAGAGGUCGCAAAGGCCAAGAAAGCAAAGAAGUAG